AUGCGCGUGGAGUUUUCGCUAAUCGUCGCCGUGUCGUCGCUGCUGUACCUGGCCGUCGCGUACGCCUUCUGGAUCAACGCGUGCCCGGUCCUCGCGGCGGUUUUCACGCUCGUGACCAUCAGCAGCCUCUUCACGGACAGUCUGCACACGUCAUCGCGCUUCUGGCCGCGCGUCGACCGCUUUCUCGCAACCUGCGCCACACUGUUAGGCCCUAUCCGCGCUAUGGCGUUCUACUGCGCGUCGGCGGCGCAGCGCGCGGAGGUCGCGGCGCUGUCGCUGCUGUCGCUCUCGUGCCUCGCGUGGAGCCGCAAGUCGCGCUGCCAAUGGGAUUUCGUGGUGCGUCACUCCACGUGGCACCUCGUCAGCGCAAUCAGCCUUCUGUACCUCGCGAAUUCCGUGGAGUUCUCUUAG